ACAGGUUUUUGUUGAAAACUAUUAAAUACCCAGUUGAGUUUUAUGAAUAUAUUUUCCGGGUUUUAAUUUUUCUGUGGUAAAAAACUAAAAAUUACCUUUCUUUACAGGGAAUAGUUACUUUCUUGAAAAAGAUAUAAUUUGGAUUUUUUUAAAAAUUUUUUUGUUUGUAAUAUUGUAUAUUUAUUUGUAAAGAAAAACAGUUUGUUGUUCAGAGAUGGGAAAGCAAGGACCUUGCUAUCACUGUGGUGUUACAAGCACUCCUCUAUGGCGAAACGGGCCUCCAGACAAGCCUGUUUUAUGCAAUGCGUGUGGAUCACGUUGGAGAACCAAAGGAUCACUUGUGAACUACACUCCUCUUCAUGCUCGAGCGGAGAAUGAUGAUUUUGUGGAUCAUCGAGUCUCUAGAGUGAAGACCAUAUCCAUUAAGAACAAAGAAGCAAAAGUACUAAAAAGGAAACAGAAUUAUGACAAUGUAGUAGGCGGCAACACUAGCAUUAUAUUCGGCGGUGGUAGUAUUGGUGCUGGUAGUGGGCUGGCAUAUGAAUACCAUAACCAGGGUGGUUUUCGCAAAGGGUUUGAUGAGGAUACUAGCAAUAGGUCGAGUUCUGGCUCUGCUAUAUCUAAUUCUGAUGGCUAUAUGCAGUUUGGCAGUGCAGAUGCUAGUGAUUUAACAGGUCCAGCCCAAUCAUCUGUUGUGUGGGAUACUAUGGUACCUUCUAGAAAAAGGACAUGUGUUAAUCGGCUUAAGCAAUCUCCCGUCGAAAAGCUUACUAGAGAUUUGCAUACCAUCUUACAUGAACAACGGUCUUAUUUUUCUGGAUCAUCUGAGGAAGAUUUGAUUUUUGAAAGUGAUACUCCAAUGGUUUCGGUUGAGAUAGGACAUGGGAGUGUACUUAUGCGCCAUCCAAACUCAACGACUCGAGAAGAGGAAUCUGAAGCGAGUUCUCUUUCUGUUGAUACAAAAAAUGAGGCUUAUUCACGAUUGACCACCCAUCCUGUAUAUAAUGCCAACAAGGGUGGAAACUUCUCGAGCCGGCCCAAAAAGCCCAUGAAUCAAGAACAUGUGAACAGAGAUAAUGACGAGAAAUUACAGAUCCUCAUGAAUCAUAACUCUCCACUAUGCAGCAUAGAUUUAAAAGAUGUUAUCAACUUCGAGGAGUUUAAAAGACAUUUGACAAAUGAUGAACAACAACAACUGUUCAAGUAUUUAACUGUGGAUGACACUGUUCAAGUCCCCGAUAGUCUCAAAGGCCUGUUUGAUAGCCCUCAGUUUAAGGAGAAUUUAUCCUCCUUCCAGAAACUUCUUGGUGAAGGGGUUUUUGAUCUUUCAUUACCAAUGGUGAAACAUGAAGGCUGCAGAACAUUGAAGAAGCUUGCUCUUUGUAGUGCUAAAAAAUCCGAUUGGGUGGAGAAACAUAAUAUGCUCCAGAGUACAAAGUGUAACGAUGAUAGCAGUGGGCAGGAAAUUGGUGGAGUAUGUAAUGCCGUGACACCUGGUCAUUCAGUAAAUGUAAAGAGGUCCUUAGAUGCCCAAUUUCAACCAUAUCCAGGACCAAAGGGUGCAAUGAAUUGCCCCAAGAGAACAUCAAUGAAGGCGAGCUAUGAACACAAGGAGCUUAUGGACAAUGACGGCCCUGGAUUCAGCCCAAGGAGCCUGUUCUCCUUACCACCUGAUCAUAGCUCCCUAAUGCUCGGUUCAUUGAGAUAUGCAGAUGAACAUUGUGAUCAAGAUCUUCUGCUAGAUGUUCCGUCACACUCAACUUUCCCUCAGGCAGAACUACUCAUACCACCUUCAAGUUUUGCAGCAGCCCAAGCAAGCACUAGCAGUAGCUCGAUAUAUCAAAAAUUUGCAGGACCUUGACAAAGUAGUUGAAAUCUCUAGGGCGAUGUAGGUGACUUUUCUACUACGAUGACCGUAUCCCAUAGCAUUGUAAUUAAACUUUGUAGCCGCUGUGUACUUAAUAACUUGCUACCGUGGCUUUGUUGGUUACAUUUGCACACGAUUUUAUGGUUUGGGUUCUCAUUGUAUUUUAGAUCCCCCAAACAUUUAGUCUGCAAACUACUGUCUGAUGACUGAUGGUUUUUCUUUUUGGUUCUUUUUUGUAUGUGAUGACAAAAUAUAGAAUUAAAAAAGCUUAAAAAUGCAAAA